AGAUUUGCUCUCCAUAAUUUUCAAAUUCGAUGUCUGCAAAAAGUGUCAAAACGACGACAUGCAGACAAUUGCCGAAUCGUUUCGAUCAUACUCAAAGCAAAUCUUAGACGGGAUUUCCCUUUUCUCUUUCUCCAAAAAUUCCCAGUUUUCCGACGAAAUUUGGGGAUUAAUUUUUAAAUUAUGAGGAAAUUGUUUGCUUUGAUUUUCGUGUUGAUCGCUCUGCUUUCGAUUCGACCUCAAGUCUCAGCUUCUUCAUCUGGAUCACAGUCCUCCGACGAUGCUUAUGUUACGCUUUUGUAUGGCGACGAAUUUCUUUUGGGGGUUCGAGUUCUUGGGAAAUCGAUUCGCCACACUGGGUCCAAGAAGGACAUGGUGGCCUUGAUUUCAGAUGGCGUUUCUGAGUAUGCUAAGCAGCUAUUAGAGGCUGAUGGGUGGAUAGUGGAGAAGAUUAGUUUAUUGGCAAAUCCUAAUCAAAUUCAUCCAUCGAGAUUUUGGGGUGUCUAUACAAAACUGAAAAUAUUUAACAUGACUAACUAUAGGAAAGUGGUAUAUCUUGACGCAGAUACAAUUGUGUUGAAAAACAUAGAAGAUCUUUUUGAAUGUAGUAAAUUUUGUGCUAACUUGAAGCAUUCGGAGAGGCUAAAUUCUGGCGUUAUGGUUGUGGAACCGUCUGAAACUAUUUUCAAUGACAUGAUGAGCAAAGUUAAUACUUUGCCCUCUUACACUGGAGGGGAUCAAGGCUUUUUGAACUCAUAUUAUUCAAAUUUUCCUAAUGCACACGUUUUUGAGCCAAACUUACCACCUGAAGUGCGACGUUCCAGACCAGCUCCUAAAAUGGAGCGACUCUCUACUCUUUAUAAUGCAGAUGUUGGUCUCUACAUGCUUGCUAACAAGUGGAUGGUAGACGAGAGCGAGCUUCGUGUUAUCCAUUAUACGCUAGGCCCCCUCAAACCUUGGGACUGGUGGACAUCUUGGCUCUUAAAACCUGUUGAUGUCUGGCAGAAUGUCCGGGAAAAGCUAGAAGACUCCCUCCCAGGAACUGGUGGGGGUAGAAGUCCUAAUGAUGAUCUUAUUGUCAAAAUUCUUGUCCUCCUCCCUCUUGUUGCAUUAUUCUUCUGUUAUUAUAGAUCUUGUCUCCAGAUACGGUGGUACUCUAAUACAUCAUGUAGAAGCUUGUUUUGCGAUCAAGCCAGGCAUCUUUAUUACAAAAUAAAGUCUGUUGGAACAAUUAACUAUACCAGUCUUUCUACAUUAAAUACUGUUAAUUUGAACCACUUGUCUAAGGUACCUGUUUAUUUGGGUGGAAUUUCCAUCUUCAUCUGUUUUAUCGCUGCCGUAAUCGCCCUUGCACUUUCAUUUGCAAUCGUGCCRAGGCAAGUAAUGCCAUGGACUGGCUUGCUGUUGAUGUAUGAGUGGAUAUUCACAAUUUUCAUUCUAUUAUUUGGGGGAUAUAUCCAUUUUAUUUACAAGUGGGGAAAAUCAAUGGCAACACAAGCUGGAUCCUUCACUGAUUCUGAGUCUUUUGAUUAUUCUGCAAAAGAUCAUCAGUGGCAGGCAUCCAGCUGUGAUGUUACGACGUGGUUUUAUGGUCUAGGAAUGGCGUUCUUAGCUGUUGUUGCUCCAACUUUGCCUUGUAUUUUGGGUAUUACUGCUCUGUUUUUGAGGUUAGGGUUGAUGGUUGUAGGAGGGCUAAUUUUGGUAUCUUUUAUGACAUAUGCUUCUGAACACCUUGCAAUUAGAUCAUUCUUGAGAGGUCUAGAUAGCAGAGAUGGUGGAAGAGGCAGCAGGAGUUUAUGUUUCUUGUGUUGAUGAUUGAUUUGGUAAAGUAGAAAAUCAGUGCUGUAAAAUAGGCAAAUUUUUCUUGUACUAACUUCCACCUCCCAAUCAUUCAUUGUACAAUACUCAAACUAUUUUGAGGUCUCCUUUUUCCCUUUUUUUUUUUUUUUGACCAGUGAGAGAACAUUCUACUUUCAGAAUGGUUCUUUUUUUUUUUUUGGUAGUUUAAGUAAUUUGCUAAUUUAAUUCAUUUAGUGUUUGAUAA